AUGGCAAACCAAACGCCGGCCGUUGUCAUGGACAACGGCACCGGUUUCUCGAAGCUUGGUUUCGCCGGUAACGACUCUCCCUCUUUCGUGUUCCCGACGGCGAUUGCAACAAAGUCCGGUGCAGGCAGCGCAGGUACCGGUGCUGGCCGGCCGUCUGUCGCGAACAAGCCGUCCUUCCUGACCGGCGGCGCCGGCCCUGGCGGUCACCUGCAGGCGAAGCGGGGUACGGAGGACCUGGACUACUUCAUCGGCGACGAGGCGAUUUCGGCGUCGUCCGGACCUGGCUAUGGCCUGCACUACCCUAUCCGGCACGGUCAGAUAGAAAACUGGGAUCACAUGGAGCGCUUCUGGUCCAACUCCAUUUUCAAGUACCUGCGCGUCGAGCCUGAGGACCACUACUUCCUUCUCACCGAGCCGCCCUUGAACCCGCCCGAGAACCGCGAAAACACGGCCGAGAUUUUCUUCGAGUCGUUCAACUGUGCCGGUCUCUACAUUGCUGUGCAGGCCGUGCUUGCGCUGGCAGCCUCGUGGACGUCGUCCAAGGUGACCGACCGUUCGCUUACGGGUACCGUCAUUGAUUCCGGUGACGGUGUCACGCACGUCAUCCCCGUCGCCGAGGGCUACGUCAUCGGCUCCUCGAUCAAGUCGAUUCCGAUUGCCGGUCGCGACAUUACAUACUUUGUGCAGUCCCUGCUGCGCGACCGCGGCGAGCCAGACUCGUCUCUCAAGACGGCCCAGGAGAUCAAGGAGGAGUACUGCUACGUGUGCCCGGACAUUGUCAAGGAGUUUGCGCGCUACGACCGGGACUCGUCGCGCUUUGCCAAGCAUGCCGCUGUCCUCGCGGGCGGCCGCAAGGUGUCGGUGGACGUUGGGUACGAGCGCUUCCUGGCGCCUGAGAUUUUCUUCAAUCCAGAGAUCUACAGCUCCGAUUUCCUCACCCCCCUGCCCGUGGUGGUGGACGGCGUGAUCCAGUCGUCGCCCAUCGACGUGCGGCGUGGUCUGUACAAGAACAUUGUGCUGUCCGGUGGCAGCACGCUGUACAAGGACUUUGGUCGGCGGCUGCAGCGCGACAUCAAGCAGCUCGUCGACGCGCGCAUCCGGGCAAGUGAGGUGCGCAGCCACGGCGCCAAGAGCGGUGGUCUGGAGGUCCAGGUCAUUACGCACAAGCGGCAGCGGCACGGCCCCUGGUUCGGUGGCAGCCUGCUCGGCCAGACGCCCGAGUUCCGGUCGUACUGCCACACGAAGGCUGAAUACGAAGAGUACGGACCUAGCAUUGUCCGGAGGUUUGCCCUUCUGGGUGGUCCCGGCGGCUCAUAA